UUAAGAGUAAAAUUAUAUUCCAUACUUUAUCUCUAGUGUGAAUCUGUGAUUAACCCUAAUCCCAUAUAUUUCGUACUCUAUCUCUACAAUAUUAACCCUAAUCUCAUAUUUCUCAAGCAGCCAACCCAUUGAUCUCAGAAUGUCAGAAUCGCUAUCAGUCGACAUUCUGCCCAGCAUAUUCUCUCUUUUACCCGUCAAAUCUCUCCUGCGCUUCAGGUCUUUGUCCAAAUUCUGUCGUUCCUUAAUCGACAGCCCCGAAUUCAUCAAUUCCCAUCGUCCUCAAACCAAUCUCCAUCGCAAACUCGUUCUCGCCGAUUGGCGCCUCGACGGUUGCACCCACACCAUAGACAUAGAUCCUGACCCAAGCCUUUUGAGUGAAUAUCUAGACGAUUCACUAAUUAUCAGCCCAUUGAAAAUCAAAAGCAGGCGCAAGCCUUUCGUGGAAACUCCUGACAGUUUCAUCCCUGUAAAUCCUGACGGCGUGUUCGGAUCUUGUAAUGGUGUGGUUGCUAUAUAUAACAAACAAGGAAUCACUCUAUGGAAUCCGUCGACGAACAAGUUCAAAUCUUUUCCCCUUUGGGUAGUCGAUAUUCUGUUUGAUGGAUUCGGGUAUGAUCCAGUGUCUGACGAUUAUAAGGUUAUUAUGGUCACUAAACUAUAUUCUGAAGAUUUUUUAAGAGUCAUGAUAUAUAGUGUGAAAAAUAAUUCAUUAAGAAGGAUUCAAGAUCUUCACAGUCCUGAACCUAACUCGUGUCGCGACAAUUAUGAGUACUCGGGUGUUCUUGUGGGUUCCUUCUUGCAUUGGAUAGCGCAUCCUCGUGACGAAGGAUCUUCAUUUUAUAAUUUCAUUCUUGCAUUUGAUCUUAGCGGUGAAACGUUUCAUGAGGUGCCGCUGCCAUUGCCGCUGCCGAAGGAUACGAGAGAUGGAGACAGGAAAGUGUUGAAUAUGGUAUCGGAACUUGGAGGAUGCCUUAGUAUGAGCUAUUGUUUUCAGGGUUAUGUUGAUAUUUGGAUUAUGAAGGAAUAUGGAGUUGAAGAUUCUUGGACCAAACUGCUUACUGUGCAGUGUGGUCAUCAAGAUAAAUAUAUUAAUUUUUCUUCAGGAUUGAAACCUUUAUGCUAUUCAAAAGAAGGUGAUAAAGUUUUGUUCGACUAUGCUAAGGGGAAACACGUCAUUUUGUAUGAUCUAAAGAGUCGAACUUUAGACAUAAUCGACAUUUUUAAAUGCUGGUGUAGUGUGGUUAAGUCUGGAUUUAUAUGCACAACAACCUUAACAUUUCCCAUUAUUAAUGGUGGAUCGAGCAAGAAAUUGCCAACUAGCAAGAAAUUGCCAAGGAAGAAGAAUAGUAAGAAAUGUUGAGUCAAGCUAAGCUUUUCUGGUUUGGAGUUCCCUGGAUGAAGUGGUAUUUUUUUUUUGUCAAAGAUGAAGUGGUAUUAGUUAAUGCGUAUUAGGACGGAAGGAGUAGUUUUUAUUUAAUUUUCAAUAAAGAAAGCACUCCUUGAAAUUGAUAUUUUUAGCCAUUAAUUCUAUUUAUUUAUUUGUUCUUAGUUUGUCCAAAGAAUUUAGUCCAAAUAC